AUGUUAAUUAUUAAAGAAUCUGAUGUUAAAAAAUUGAUAUCUUUGAAAGAGGUAAUUGAUAUAAAUGAACAGGUUUUUAUUAAAGAAUCAAAAGAGGAAGUAGUUUGUCCAGAAAGAAUAAUCUUACCAGUAGAGAAAACACAGCCACAACAAGAUUCAAAUGAACCAAUAAAUAAAAAACAACUUGUUGGGAAUUUAUAUUUUAAACCAUCUUUAGUAGUGGAUGAAUCUGUUGGCAUUAAAAUUGUAGGAACCUUUGCAAACAAUGCCAAUAAAGGAUUACCAACUGUACCAGCAACAAUUAUAUUGAACGAUAUAGAGACAGGUUUGGCAAAUGCAGUGAUUGGUGCAACCUAUAUUACUGGAGCGAGAACUGCAGCUGGUAGUGCAAUUUCUGUGAAAUAUUUAGCAACCGAAUCACCCGAAACCAUUUUUGUAUUUGGUUCAAGUCUUCAAGCACAAUUACAUAUCGAAAUGAUUUUAUUAUUAAAACCAACAAUUAAAAAAGUUUACAUUUCAUCAAGAUCAAAAGAAAAUGUUGAUAAACUAAUUAUCCAACUUAAAAAUGAAAAUAACUAUAAUAAUGAUGCUGUAGAAUUCAACUAUUGUGCUGCUACUGGUGCUGGUGACGAUAAAGAUAUUAUAAAUCGUUAUCUUUUAGAAGCAGACAUUAUAGUAACAGCUACAUCAUCAAAUGAACCACUCUUUAAUGGUCAUGAGGUUUUAUCAGAAAAACAAAGAGAUUUCAAGAAAAAGCCAUUGUUAAUUUGUGCAGUUGGUAGUAGUAGACCAACCAAUCGUGAAUUAGAUUCAUUCACCAUCUCAAAUUCAAAUCUAAUUGUAGAUGAUGUAAAUAGUUGUAUGGUAUCUGGUGAAUUAUUUAUUCCAAUUAACAAAGAAAAUAUUAUCACUAAAUCUCAUAUACUUGGAAAAUUAAGUGAUGUAGUUUCUGGUAAAUACAAACAACAAACCACCACCACCACAUCAAAAUCUAUAACCGUUUAUAAAUCAUCAGGCACUGCAAUUCAAGAUGUUGCUACAGCAAAUUAUAUUUACAAAAAAGCUUUACAAAAUAAUAUUGGUUAUAAUAUUAAUAUUAAUGAUUGA